AUGUCUGAUUUCGAGGAGACUAUUCGCCGUCUACAGUCAGAGAAAGGAGUCGUUGGAAUUAUUGUUGUCGAUUCAGCCGGCCGAGUUAUUCAUUCGACAAUCGACAGCGACGCCACCCAGUCUCACACCGCAUUCCUGCAGCAGUUAUGUGAGAAGACAAAGACUUCCAUUCGUGAACUCGAUUCGAGCAAUGAUCUAACAUUCCUGAGGCUUCGAACGAAGAAGAACGAAAUCAUGAUUGCUCCAGACAAGGAUCACGUCAUUAUGGUUAUCAAGGACCUCUCGUAAAAACUGGGACCAACAUUCAAAAAUAAUGAAAAAGCAUUAUAUCUUUCUACCCUGCUUGUGCGAUUUUAAUUUAUAUCAGAUAUUUUUUCCAAAUAAACGGCUUAUAUGC